AUUGUAAUGAUUUUUCGCCCAUACCUUUAAACGACAUAGAAAGUAUAGAUACCUGGUUGAUAAAGAAAAAUCGUAAUUAUAACAAAUGUCCGAUAAAAGUAACUAUGUAUAAUAAUUUUAUGACAUUAAUGUUUAAGGAAGUUAAUGGAACUGUUACAAAUAUCACAGGUGUAGAUACAUCUAUCAUAAAAACUAUAUUCGAUUCUUUGAAUGCCUCAAUGGAAAUAACUUCAAUUUUGAAACAAGAUAUUCCAAAAGCUCUCAGCGCCUUUCGUGAUUUAUUAAGCCGCAAAUCUGAUAUUUUUUUGCCAUCCCUAUCAAUAAACAGCUAUAUAUAUGCAGUAGUGCAGAUGUCUACAAUAUUUAAAUUUGGCGACAUUGGCUGGAUCUCUCCCAAACUAUCCUUGGAGUAUCCUAUAGGAAGAAUUUUAGAUCCAUUGUUUAAUAAAGUUACUCCAUUGCUUGGUAUUUGUUUUGUUAUAUUUGUCAUUGUAGCAAAAGUUAUCCAAAUUUUAAAAAGAAAAGAAGUUGGAUCAUAUAAUAAUAUACUUUUAGACUCUUACCAAAUCUUUUUGGGACAACAGACACCAUUUGUAACUGGGUCAUCAUUACUUAAUAGUAUGUUUAUAAUGUGGAUAUGGUGUAGCGCCAUUGUUCGCUUAGUAUAUGAAAGUGAUCUCACGAGCGGCCUGCAGACCGAAAUAGAUCACAAAGGUUUUGAAAAUUUUGCAAAAGCGAAUGAAUUUAUACGUGACUAUGGAGGAAUCAUUUCAUACCAAAGAUUCGUGUUCGAUACGCCAUUAGAAAAAAAUUAUCAACUUGUACCUUUGAAAGAUGCAGGAUCUUACAUUCAUGGUAUAGUCAACGGCAAGAAAUUCAUAAUGAUCGUAGAUGUUACAAGUCUCUAUCAAAUAGUUAAGGAUAUAGAUAUUGUAGAAAAGGUAACCGCGUCAAGCGCGUGUUUCUACGUGCGGCCUGGUUGGCCAGGAGCAAAAAGAUUUGAUACUAUUAUUCGAAGUAUAGUCGAAGCUGGAUUAGUAGAAAAGGUGUAUGAGAGACCAAAAUGGAAGAAACAAAAAACUAUAAGUGCAGCAGAAGAAGCGAAACCCUUGAAAAUAAAGUCGCUGUUGAUAAUUUUUGUCUCGUACAUAAUUCUGAUACUAAUUUGUUUUGCUGUUUUUAUUGGAGAAAUUGUGUACUUCCAAAUUAGAAUGAGAGGUGUAUAUACGUAUGUCGAAUGA